AUGGCCUACACCGAAGUUGAUCAGUUGGCCGUCAACACGAUCCGUAUUCUCGCGAUCGAUGCCACAUCCAAGGCCAACUCCGGUCACCCCGGAGCUCCUAUGGGCUUGGCUCCUGCCUCUCACGUCCUCUUCAGCAAGUUCAUGAACUUCAACCCUAAGAACCCUAACUGGGCUAACCGCGAUCGAUUCGUCCUCUCCAACGGUCACGCAUGUAUGCUCCAAUAUGCUCUUCUCCACCUUUUCGGAUACGAUCUCAGCCUCGACGACCUUAAGGCUUUCCGUCAACUCGGCAGCAAAACCCCUGGUCACCCUGAAGCACACGACACCCCCGGUAUUGAGGUCACCACUGGCCCUCUCGGUCAAGGUUUCGCCAACGCCGUUGGUCUCGCCAUCGCCCAAGCUCACAGUGCCGCUGUCUUCAACAAGCCCGGCUACGACCUCUUCGAUAACUACACAUAUACCAUCUUCGGUGAUGGUUGUGCUAUGGAGGGUGUUGCUAGCGAAGCUGCCAGUACCGCUGGUCACUUGAAGCUCGGUAACCUCAUUGCUAUUUACGAUGACAAUCACAUUUCCAUUGACGGUGACACCAAGUGCGCUUUCACCGAAGAUGUCAUGAAGCGUUUCGAAUCCUAUGGCUGGCACACUCUCGAGGUCGCCGAUGGUGACCACGAUCUCCAAGGCAUUGAGGAGGCCAUCCGCAAGGCCCAACAGGUCAAGGACAAGCCCACUGUUAUCAAGGUCACCACCACCAUUGGUUUCGGUUCCAAGCUCCAGGGUACCGGUGGUGUCCACGGUAACCCCCUCAAGGCCGAUGACGCCGAGGGUGUCAAGAAGGCUUUCGGCUUCGAUCCUUCCCAGAGCUUCGUCGUCCCCCAGGAAGUCUACGACUUGUACUCCAAGACCGCUGCCGCAGGUGCCGCCAAAGAGCAGGAAUGGACCAACCUCCUCCAGAAAUACGCUGAAGAAUACAAGUCGGAGCACGCCGAUUUGACCAGACGUCUUGCUGGAGAGCUUCCCGAGGGCUGGGAGAAGAACCUCCCCACCUACAAGCCUACCGAUGCCGCCGUUGCAUCUCGUAAGUUGUCCGAGACUGUCUUGGAGAAGAUCUACGGCCCUGUUCCUGAGCUUCUCUCUGGUUCCGCUGAUUUGACUGGCUCCAACAACACUCGCUGGAAGGCUGCUGUUGACUUCCAGCCCCCCGAAUACGGCAUUGGUGAGUGGAGUGGUCGUUACCUCCGCUACGGUGUCCGUGAGCACUCCAUGGGUGCCAUCAUGAACGGUCUCGCAGCUUACGGUACCGUCAUCCCCGCUGCUGGUACUUUCUUGAACUUCGUUGCCUACGCUGCCGGUGCCGUCCGUCUUUCGGCUUUGUCUCAGGUCCGCGUUAUCUGGGUCGCCACUCACGACUCCAUUGGUCUUGGUGAAGAUGGUCCUACCCACCAACCUAUUGAGACUCUUGCACAUUUCCGUGCUAUGCCUAACCUCAUGGUCUGGCGUCCCGCCGACGGCAACGAGACCAGCGCUGCCUACUACUCCGCCCUUACCUCCAAGCACACCCCCUCCAUUCUCGCUCUUACCCGUCAGAACCUUCCUCAGCUCCAGAACUCAUCCAUUGAGAACGGUCUCAAGGGUGGUUACGUCGCUGUUGACGCUCCUGAUGCUGCUGUCAUCAUUGUCUCGACUGGUUCCGAAGUCGGCAUCGCCAUUGACGCUGCUCAGUACUUGAAGGACAACCACGGUGUUGCUGCUCGUGUUGUCUCCAUUCCUUGCUUCGAGGUCUUUGAUGCUCAGUCCAAGGAGUACCGUCUCUCAGUCCUCCCUGACGGUAUCCCCAUCUUGUCCGUUGAGGCUGCCUGCACUCUUGGUUGGGAGCGCUACUCUCACGAGCAGUUUGGUAUCAACCGAUUCGGUGCCUCUGGCCCAUACAAGAAGGUCUACGAGAAAUUCGAGAUCACUCCCGAGGGUAUCAGCAAGCGCGCCCUUGCCACCAUCGACUUCUACAAGGGUACCAAGCCUCGCUCUCCUAUUAACCGUGCUUUCGAGCAAAUUAUCUAG